CAUGUGACCCCUUAUAAAUCUGUAAACAAUAUGUAAAUUAUUAUGCUGGUAACAUCGAGAAACAACACCAACAAUUGCAGUUCAUAUACCUUUUCGACGGAUAUAGCCAUAUAGGUACCUCCUCUACUGGCGUAAUUGCGUUUUGAAUACAAUUCUUGUGAUGGUGGGUGGGGGGGAUUUUUUUAAAUGUUUUUAAAUAAAUUUACAUUUAUAUUGACGUUUAAUUUUCAAUACCAAAUAUAACAAUAGAUUUCCCAUUUAAAGACAAUUUUAAAUGUGUAUGUUGAAAUGUAUGAGUAUAAAUAUUCCUUUUAAAAAAGUUAUGCUGAUAGUUUAUUUAUAACAUACAAGAUGGUGUAAAAAAACGCUCUCAAUGAGGGAAUUCCCCUGUGUUUAGAUUUUGAACAAAUUAUUUUCUAUAUUAUUUUUAUAAAUUUCUAUAAAACGAAAAUCAAAAUCGUACCAACAGAUCCAGCAAGUGUUACGAAUACAAAUAGUGUGAAAUCUCAUAUAUUAUAGAAUUUGUAGAAACAAAAUUUUGGGAUAUCGUUUUUACCUUGUGAUAAUGUAAUAUUAUUAAGUAAUUAACAAUACAUUUUGAUAAAAUAUACUAUUGUAUGCGGUUUUCAUAAUAGAAAUUUGAGUAAAAGAAUAAAAUAGAAUAUAAGAAAUACGAUGUAUAAUAUAUACGUGUACUUAUAUUAAAGUUUAAUUAAAACAAAAACUCAGAAUUAAUACCUAACUAGGUUUUGCUGGUACUUGUUAAUUUUUAAAAUCAAAAUCCGGCUCAAUAUUCAAUGGGGUCACGGUAAAUGCUACGUAUAUUUUAACGGUUAAACAUAUAAUAUAAUGAAUAUCAAAAACGUAAUGAUAUUGAAAAAAAAAUAAUAUUUACAUUUAAAAAUGUAUCACUGUAUCGGGUAUUUACUCAAAAAUAUUUUAGUAACAUCCAUAAUAUUUCCUAUUCCAAACUAAUAUGACCCAUUGAUUAUUAUUAUUAUUUAUUAUUGCUUUUGAACGAUGGAAAUAGGACUUAUCAUUAAUUUAUUACGAAAUACGAAGCCUACAAUAUCGUUUGAUUCGUUUUUAUCUAUUAUUUCCGGACAGGUUUGCCCAAAUACUUUGAUACUCAUUUGUUUCGGGCCGAUCCAACGUAAAGGCAAACAGUUUUCAUGGUAUUCUUAAUCGAGUUGCUUAUAAUUUAUAUUAUUUUAUCGCGAUUUUAUCGUUGCGGUGCGGGUUUCCUCACGUGGACAUCACCACCACUACCUGCUGCGUUUCUACGUUCUCUACCACCACCAUCCAAUACUUGCCGCAGUACACCGACCGUCACAAACUACGCUCAUAUAAUAAGUAAUAACAUUCAUAAUAAGAAACAGAGUAAUGAACGGUACGCUACACCGUGUGCUUAUACGGACUACGGAGUACUGAUGCAAACGUUCGCGAGGUUAGGUCUAUCGUGUCACGCGGCAUCGGAAUCAACGCAGUCAGCGGACAUUGCGAUACAACCAUCGCAUAAGGUCAAAUAUAUAAUAAAAAUUAAAUAAUGUCGUUCGAGAAAUCAUUUAUAUCUAUUAUAACAUUAUGAUCGAUUACCGGUAACCGCAACAAACGCUUUUUUCCACGCUGCCAUCGUGAUCAAAAUAGGAAAAACCACUAUACCAGGACCGCACGUGUUUCGUCAACCGUAUUUAUUAUACCUAGGUAUCUUAUAUCGACGACGUUUCAGCGUAACCGCUUUGACGGUGACCGCGGCGGCAGUUGUGACCGCGGUGGCGGGUUUUAUCGGCUGUUCGAAUCGCGCCCAUUCAGCGGAGGCGGUGACAACAGUCUUAUCGUAGUUGUUGUUAUUGCUGCUUCUACGGUUGUUGCGUCCACUACGGCGAUGGUUCGCAGCGAGACGCGUCAGUGAUCGCGACUCAAACAUUCUAUGGACAGCGACGACCACCAAUUACAAAAACAACAUCAGCGGCGGCGGAGGUCGACGACGGCCGUCCUGCUACAACAGCCAGGCGUGAGGUGGCGUGCGGUGCAGCCAGCGAGAAGGAGUUGCUCGGCCGUAACCGAAAGGGACGUGAUGAUGGUGACCGCUGGCGCGUGGCAGCCGUCCCGGCAACAUUCAAUCACCGCCAAGAGAUCGUCCAGAGUUUACAGAGAAUUGUGUUCGGCAUGGAACUCGCGUGUGGGCUCCCAAAACACGAACGCACCGGCCCACAGAGUUCAAGCGCUGUUCAACGACCUAGGAUUGUACCUGACCUCGGCCCAAGUCGCUGAAAUGAUGCAGUGUGUGAUGAAAUGUGCCAAUAGAAGUUCGUCGGUGUACAUGACAUUUGGCGAAUUUUGCUUGUUAGCUAAGAAACUCAAAAACGGCUUGGAUAGAGGAAUACCAAGAUCUGUGCAGUUUUCACGGCUGUUAGAAAAAGAUCAAGAGAAACACAUCAGAGGAAUAAAAAAAAACUCGAGAAGUCUUAAUAGCUACGACGUGUUCCUGGGCGGCUCCUGCAAUCCAACUACGUGGCGCAAAGACUUGGCCAUACCGUACCUGCAAGAUGCCGGUGUAUCAUUUUACAAUCCGCAAGUGGAUCAUUGGAGCCAAGAUCUAAUCGAAAUAGAACACGCGGCCAAGGAGAGUGCGGCGAUACUGUUCUACGUGAUCGACAGCCAGACCAGGAACGUGGUCAGCGAUAUAGAGACAGCCAAUUUCGCCGCUAACCACAAGAACUUGGUGCUGGUCAUUCAUCCGCAAGACGCAGUUGCCGGGUCGGUGAUUGCCGGCGAGCCCAUCUCUUACUGUGAAGCAGAGGACAUUCGUGAAGCCCUGAUGAUGCUGCACAAAAUCGCUGCUAACCAGGGAACGCUGGUAUUUGAUAACAUACCGGAAGCAUUGAACAAUGUCAUUCAGAUUCUGAAAGACAAAAACCGUCAAAUCAACGAUACCAGCGAAGACGACACUACGUAUCGCAAGAUCCGUGAUGCAUUUAACAAGUUCAACGUCGAUACGCCGGGGGAGAUUAACAUUUCCCAUGUGACAAGGGCUAUCCGACUGUUGGCCAAUCAGAAUCUGUCCGAAAACGAUGUACUAAAUCUGACAUCCGAACACCGUGAUACCAAAGAUGUUGAAAGUAACCACCAAGUUUAUUUUACGUUCAACCAAUUUUACGCUAUUGUUUCUAAAUUUCUACAGUUACCAGACAAAAAUAAUCACAGGAAUGGAUUCGACAUCGGUGAUGGGCACUCGUAUCGUUUAAAUCUAGGCAGACCGUUUUACUUGUCACAGGAGAGUGUUGAAACAACAAGAUCUUCAAAGACGACCGAUAUUUAUCUAGCUGGAGAAAGCGGUGAUGAUAUUCGGUGGAGAGAAGACAUCGCUAUUCCCGUGAUCAAAAAAUCUAAUUUAACAUAUCAUGCAGCAUCCAAAACAGAUCUAUCAGUAUUAUUAGAUGCACGUACUUUAUUAUUUGUAAUUCCAAACAAUUCAAGAUCUUUGGCAACCAUGACACUAGCAGCAUAUUGUAUAGCUAAAAGGUACAGAAUGGUGUUAUGUAUACAGAAUCUCAGUAAAGAUAAUUGCACAAUUCGUGGUGAAAAGUUAACACAAACGGCAAUCAACGACUAUAACCGCGGACGGAUUUAUCUAGCGGAUUUGGCAUCACGAGAACGAGUGCCUGUGUUUGAAUCAAUCAAUGAAGCUGUUGAAAUCGCAGUGCAAAGAAGCUUAUAGCAUAAUAUAAUCUAUUCUAUAAAUUAUAUUGCACAUAGAAAAUAAUGACCAUUUAAUUAUUUUGAAUUACAUGAAAACUAACAGAAGUGCACGAGCAAAAAUGUUUUUUUUUUUUUUAUCUAUAGAAACUAUUUUAACUUAUAAGUACCAUUUUUUUGAAUUUUAUUUUAUUUUUUUUAACUAACAGCUAAGAAAUUAUUUUUAAUUUUAAUUGUAUUGAUAGUAGGUUAAUGCCUGUUUCAUAAUAUAUAUAAAUACAUUUAAAUACUUAAAACUA